AUGAUCAACAAUUCGCUACUUCAAGCAACUUUGCUUGAAGGUGGUCAAACAGCCCAUUCAGCACUAAAAUUGCCAUUAAACAUGCAUAGCAACGAAACUCCAACCUGCAACAUUUCGAAGAAUUCUGCAAUGGUAAAGGUUUUGCAGCAAUGUGAAUUGAUUUUUUGGGAUGAAUGCACGAUGGCACAUAAAAAAUCUUUGAAGUCUUUAGAUAGAACCUUACAAGAUCUACGGAGCAAUCAUAACCCAUUUGGUGGUGUAAUGAUUUUAUUAGCAGGAGAUCUUCGUCAAAUAUUGCCAGUGAUUCCACGAUCACCGCCAGCUGAUAAAUUCAAUGCAUGUUUACAGUCUUCCAAUUUGUGGAAACAUGUCAAGGUAUUACACUCAAGCAAGAAUAUGCGUGCCGAGUUGUAA